CACCAUCUCAAGCCCAUCAAGUAUUCCAGUUUAACCUAAUCCCUCAUAUUCUCUCCCCCUUUCAAACAAAACAAACCCUAGGAAGGACGCUUCUCUCGGCGGCAAGCAAAUGACAACUCUGUAUCAACCGCAAAAUUAAAAAAAAAAAAAACUAGUACUCCGUAACUAUUACUAUUGUUUUUAAGCUUUGCUCCGGCCAAAGUGAACUCAUCAUCAUCAUCAUCAUCAUCAUCACGACCCUCCUAGAGAAGGAGAUUGGUUAUGGUGGUUCAAGAGCAGCUAAGUUAACCAUCAGGAUUCAGGUGAGUUCUUCGUAACACUGUCUAUCGCCAUUCAAUGACAAUGAUUUAUAAAACACUAGUACUUCGUUUUAGAUGCUCUUCUCUUUUACAUUCAACAAUCCAUCAUAACUUGUUUGUCCUUCAAACACAUCCACUGUCUUCAUCUCUCAAAUCCAUCUCCACUUCCACAAAUCAUCACUCUUUUACCGUCAAUUACCUCAUCAAUUCUUGUGGGUUGAGUCCAGAAAAUGCUAUGUCAGCUUCCAAAAAAGUCAAUUUUAAAACCCUAGACAAACCAGAUUCAGUUCUCAACUUCUUCAGGAACCAUGGAUUCAGCAAUACCCAGAUCUCGGCUCUCAUCAGAAAACGCCCCAGACUUCUCACAUCGGAUCCCAAGAAUAUCCUUUUGCCCAAAUUCGACUUCUUUUACUCCACUGGCAUUUCUAGCACUGAGCUCGCCAAGACAGUAUCCAAAAGCCCAAAUAUAUUGGAAUGUAGCUUGAAGAACCAAAUCAUCCCAUGUUUCAAUUCGUUGAAGAAUUUUCUUCAUUCAGAUGAUAAGUUAAUCGCCGCCUUCAAACGAUAUCCUGAGAUUUUAGGUCGCAAUGCUAUUAUAUUUUCCAACAUUGAAAUUUUGAGACAACAUGGCGUCCCAGAUUCCAACAUUAUGGUCUCACUUACUACUCAACCUAGGUCAUUCGUUAUAAAUGGUGAUAGAUUGAAGGAGAUAGUGGAGGAUGCUAAGAAAAUGGGUUUCAACCCUUCACAAUUCCUUUUUGUUGAUGCGGUUCGGGCAUUGUCGUCAAUAAGCAAAUCAACAUGGAAAAGGAAGAUGGAGGUUUAUGAGAAGUGGGGUUGGUCCAAAGAAGACACAAUGUUGGCUUUUACAAAACUUCCGGGUUGUAUGAGGGUAUCCGAGGAGAAGAUAAUGGCGACGCUGAAUUUUUAUGUGAACACAAUGGGUUGGCAGGCUUCCCUAAUUGCCCAUCGUCCAAAAUUAAUGAAACUGAGUUUGGGUAAGAGGAUAAUUCCCAGGUGUUCAGUACUUGAAGUUUUGUUGGCCAAAGGUUUGAUUAAGAAACCCAUUAGCUUACAUGCAUUGUUGGAGUCCAGAGAGAGUAUGUUCCUUCAGAAGUUUGUAACUUGUUAUGAGGAAGCUCCUCAGUUGUUGAAACUAUAUCAAGAAAAAUUGGACCUUUCCAAAUCGCACGUUAAUGAUGAUUAUGAAGAGAAGAGUGGAACAGAUCAGUUGUAGAAUAUCCCCUGUUCUUUUGCUUAAUCAAGCACACAUUUAGCAGAAUGAUUUCACAACUACUAUUAUAACCUUGUUGCGAAGAGAUCUUGUGUGGAAGUCAACCCGGAAGGGACUGUGGCAGCAGCUUUCACUCUUUUGGGGGUAUAGGAUGUGCAAUGAAUUAUCCUCCUCCAAGACCAAGUUUUGUGGCCGACCAUCCUUUCUUGUUCAUGACAAGGGAAGAGACAUAUGGGGCUGUGCUCUUCAUUGGAGCUGUAUUCAAUUGUCUCUUGUAAUUGUAAGAAAGGGAAUAUUGAAAAUGAUACUAUAUCUCAAAAUUAUACAGUAGUUUUUUAGAAUUUGCAGUAUAUAUGAUUGACACAUUUGUAUCAUCCGCUAUCUCUGUUGUUCUAUUAUUAUUAUUAUUUAUAUAAAAAGUGUAAGAUUUAGUUGUAUUAACAAAGCUA